CAGAUGCUGCCUGCAAGGUGGAUUGAAUUGCAGCAUGAUCAGAUAUAAAGUACAGACCAAGGAGGUUUUACAGAUUUGAGGCAGCUAGGAAUUAUUUAUUUCAUGUCACUUAUGAAAUAGUAGCUAUCAGCCAGCACUAUAGUACAGCCACAUAGUAUCUAAUUUUUGUUGAUGGAAUAGUCCAUCAACAAAAGGGAUUAGAAAACAAGUGUGUAACAUGGUCCAAGUGGUGCAUAUUUUGUCAUUUGGCAGCUUUCUGCUAAGGCUCUCCUACAAGGGGAGCAAAGUCAGAUGGUUGAUUUUGAGGUAGUAAAAUCUCCUGACUCCCUAGAAUGAGAAGCACUGUUAAACAACCCUCUGAGAACAGAAUGCUCAAGAGUUACAACACUUCAAAUCUAAGUUCUUGUAAAUUGGAGAGUAGGGAGCUAAGGCUGUUCUAAGGUUUUGAAAAUGAUUUUUACUUUUUCAAGGCUGCAGAUAAAGACAGAAGCCCACAUUAAGUUUGGUGGAGUCAGAUGGAUUUUUAGAACUAAAUCUACCCUCAUUUGUACAACUUAGGUAGCCUGAAUCCAUGAGUUUCCUAAACAGUUAGUGUAGUAUGGCCAAAAAAUAUAUUUAGCCUAAGCAAUAAAGUGGCAACUGGAUGUAAAUAGAGCAACAGUUAGAGGUAGUAGCAGUUUUGAGUAAAUCAGGGAUAAGAAGUUGGAUAAGAAUAUUAGUUCCUAAAUGGGAACAAGUAUAAGAGAUGCAAGUUGCAAACAUUAUUUCACAGAAUCCAUUAGGUUGGAAAAGACUUCUGAGAUCAUAGAGUCCAAGCUUUGGCCAAACAUACCUUGUCAACUAGACCAUGGCACAGUGUCAUUGCUGAACAACCCAUUCUGUGAAGGAAUUUCUUCUGAUGUCCAAACUGAGCCUUCCCUGGGGGUAGCUUGAGGCUGCUGUCCUCUCAUUUGGUUGCUUGGAAGAAGAGAUGCCCACUCUCACCUGGCUACGUUGUCCUUUCAAUUUCAGGCAAAAUGUGAACGGCAGUUACCAGAGCUAUGCUGAGAUUCAACAGCAAAAGAAGUAAAAUAUGAACAGUGGUCUGGGGCACCUUGUUCUUGGAUAGUUAGAGCAACCAAGGAGGAGAUGGGAGUUCUCAAAUACGUCUUUUGUCUUUAGUGUCUGAGGAGGUACAGACGGCUCCCGAUCUUCUCCAUUACUUGCCAUUUCAUUCUUUGGACUAUAAAUGACAGAGGAACUGAAGUGCUAGCAGAGGGUAAUGUUUGGAAAACUUUCUAGUUAUUCAUCAGCACAGACUCUGGGUUUUUUCCACCUUUCCCCAACGGUUUUGGACAUGCAAGGAUUAAGAAGGAUACUGACUGCUUUCACACUGGCUGUCUGCCUUUCAAGCCCUGGAAAAGCACAGCAGCAAUGCACUAAUGGGUUUGACCUGGACCGUGCCUCUGGGCAAUGCUUAGACAUUGACGAAUGCCGGACUAUUCCUGAGGCCUGCAGAGGAGACAUGGUGUGUGUCAACCAGAACGGUGGCUAUCUGUGCGUGCCCCGCACAAACCCGGUGUACCGCUCGCCCUACCUGAGCCCCUACUCCAACGUGUACCCCCCGCCCCCCGCCCCCGGCCCCGGCCCCAACUACCCCACUGCCACCCGGCCCCUCAUCUGCCGCUUCGGCUUCCAGCUGGAUGAAAACAACCAGUGCGCUGAUGUGGAUGAAUGCGCUUCAGAUUCUCACCAGUGUAACCCCACCCAGAUCUGCAUAAAUACUGAGGGGGGCUAUACCUGUUCCUGCACUGAAGGCUACUGGCUGUUAGAAGGCCAGUGUUUAGACAUAGACGAAUGCCGCUACGGCUACUGCCAGCAGCUGUGUGCCAACGUGCCCGGCUCCUACUCCUGCACCUGCAACCCGGGCUUCACCCUCAAUGACGACGGGAGAUCCUGCCAAGAUGUGAAUGAAUGUACAAGUGAAAACCCUUGCACUCAGACCUGUGUCAACACCUAUGGCUCUUUUCUCUGCCGCUGUGAACCUGGCUAUGAACUGGAAGCUGAUGGAGUUAACUGCAGUGACAUGGAUGAAUGCAGCUUCUCAGAGUUUCUCUGUCAGCACGAAUGUGUGAACGGGCCUGGCUCUUACUACUGUACCUGUCCUUCGGGCUAUAACUUGCUUGACGACAGUAGAAGCUGCCAAGAUAUCAAUGAAUGUGAAAUCAGAAACUUCACCUGCACUUCACAGCAAACAUGUUUCAAUAUCCCAGGAGAAUAUAAAUGUUUAGACCCAGUACGAUGUGAGGAGCCUUAUCUCCAGAUUAAUGAGAACCGCUGCAUGUGUCCCGCUGAAAACCCUGGCUGCAGAGAUCAGCCGUUCACCAUCCUGUACAGAGUGAUGGAUAUGGUGUCUGGGAGGUCUGUGCCUUCGGAUAUUUUUCAGAUGCAAGCAACAACUCGCUACCCUGGAGCCUAUUACAUCUUCCAAAUCAAAUCAGGGAACGAGGGCAGGGAAUUCUACAUGCGGCAAACGGGACCCAUCAGUGCUACUCUGGUGAUGACCCGGCCCGUGAAGGGGCCCCGCACCAUCGAGUUGGACUUGGAAAUGAUCACUGUUAACACCGUCAUCAACUUCAGAGGAAGCUCCGUCAUCCGGCUGAGGAUAUUUGUAUCACAGUACUCCUUCUAAACCUCCAGUUUGUGCCCUGGAAACAUUCAGCCAAAAGAGACAGUUCCUCCUCUGCAGAACUCUCUCCCAUAGCAGCUCCAGACCAAAUCACUCUUUCCACAGAGCUGGUGACCUACGCCUGUCUAGAGGCUUCUUCAUGCACAGUCCUGACCAGGAUGCAAACACCUGAAGAUCCCAUAUGAUUGUCUGUGUGGUCAUGUAUUUUAAGGACUCUUCUUCUCACUGUAAACACUUCUAGGGCAUGAAUCUAUGUGAAAGACUGUGAACCUUUGUAGCUCCAAGGCUGCUUAGCAGAAAGCACCAAAAAACUGAGGAAAAAGCUGGCUUUUGCAAUCUUGCCUUUUCAAUUUUUUUUUUCAUUAUAAAUGAAAAGCAGACAAGCAAGCAGAAACAGAAACAAAAAACCCACCUAUUGAAACAAGGGACCUCAGGAGUCCCAAUUUGCAUUCCCAAUUAUCUCUGGAAUUAUCAGUCAGGCACUUUGUUUCAAUUCACCCUGCAUUUGUCUUACUUUCACCUGGUUUUUUUCAUUCUAUUUUAUAGUUAAAAUUCAUUGUAAAUUCAUUCCAAAAAAACGUGUUGUACUAUGUAAUCUUUUGCUUUCUGACAAAGUGUCACAUAUUUGGGUUCCUUUCUGUAUUAAAUCUUUCUAUAUAACAGAAUUCAUAGAAAUCUAUCACUGGAUGGUGUGUUUUACAACAUUUAGGACUUUAUGCUUAUUUACACUCAAGAUUUUUGAUAGGCCUCCACUGCCAGAACAGUGUCCAGCAUAAGUAUGGACUUUAGAGCAGAUAAGAAUCAGAAUUUUAUUUUUCCCUGUUUUCCUCAGUGUGAUAGUUGCAAACAGUUUCUAAUGGCUACAAGGUAGUAAUACUAACUCUGUAGGUAUGGCUGCAAUUAAUCUCCUGUUCAAAGACUCAGGUCAGACCAGUCCAAAUUCCUUCAGAAAAUAUUAAUUGGUUUUUGUUUUUGGUUUUUUUUUUUCACUUGCAAUGUCUCUCAUACACUUCUGACAUGGAGGGAAAUAGCUGAAAAGGACUAGGAGCAGUCUUACUCAUGCUUCUACCACAAAGCAGUCCAGCCUAUACCAGUACCCCAAUCUCAAAUAGUGGGAUCCCACAGUUUUCAUGGGCAUUGUCUUAUCAGGUAUAACUGCUGUAACCAAAAAAAAAAGUUUCUUCUAAAGUCUAAUCUGAAUCUCCAUUGUAAUCUGUUGCUUUCUAACCUACAGUAGAAAUUGAGAACAGUUUAUCUUCCCCUUUGCAGCAGUCUAACGUGUCUGAAGACUGUUGUCACGUCUCCCUUCAGACUGUUCUUCUCUAGUCUAAACAAACCCAAUUCUUUUGGUCUUUCCUCAUACAUCACAUUUUCUGGACCUUUGAUCAUUCUUGUUGCUCUCAUCUGGAUUCUCUCCAGUUGGUUCACAUCUUUUUUGAAGCACAGUGCCCAAAAGUAUUCCAGCUGAGGCCUCUCAGUGCUAAGCUAAAUCUAUACAUAGGUUUAAUAGUUUGAAAAAAAAUUAAAAAUUGUAUAGUUGGAAGGUAUAAUGCGUGUUGAAGCCACUGGCACUUUGGUCUUUUAUUUUAAUAGGGAUGAGGGUUUAUAUGCCUUGUUCUUAAAUCUGUUUGAAACAAGCUCUUUUACUUUGUUUUUCCUUAUUGGCUUUUUGGCUCUCUAGCAUUGCUAGGACAGGAAGGAUAACCUUUGCUUGUCUUUUGAGAACUGGAAGUGCUCGGUGCUACUUGGGAGAGGUUUACAAAGACUGUAAUGUGGGCAAGUAGGAGCAGAGUAGCAACGUGAGGUCUUCAUUAAAGUGGAGUAUUAAAUGGGAGAAUACAGAGUUGGAAAGUUAUUACAACAUAGACUGCAUGAUACAACCAGAAACCUGCCUCUUGUUCCUAGUAAGAUUUGUGAAUUAGUAGAAAUUCUGCUCUUUUUCCUUGUACUCAGCUUGAAGGAAGCCCUGAUGCUCUCAGCAAUGAAACACUGAGUUUAGCAGCUUCCGUUUCUUAAUGGUUUAAAGGCUUUCUCUCUGCUGCUACAACAUCCCAGGAUGCUGUGGCUCAGAGCUCUGUCCUUUAUUGCAAAAACAAAAAGGCUGGAGACUGACUCCAGGGUUUAGUGAGCCAAGCUGAAGGCAGAAAGCCAAUGAGUUUUAUGAGCAGCCGACUUGGAGGAGAUAAAUGCAGAGGAAAUGGGCAGAGAAAUAUCAGAAACAAGAAUUUGUUUCCUGAGUAUAUCAUGGCUCAUCAAGUACCACAGUCUUGGAGGGAAAAAUAGAGAUGAUUGGGAAGGAAGAAUGAUAAUUUAUAACCAUGGGACUAAAAGUGCUCCUGCUCCAGACGAUGGAAAUAAAAAAUGGGAAGCAUGCAGGCUCUGGUGGACCAGAGAGCAGCCGUGGGGCAGGCAGGGUCUUGCACUGAAAAUGUCCAACUCUUAAAAUGCUGCCAGCUUUCUCAGAGCUUAAAAUCCUCUCUUCCCCUCUUUUUGUGCCCUUAUGUUAUGCCUCCUUCAUGCUCAAUUGAGGAGUCCUCUCUUCCUGCCACUACAUCAUGUCCUGGAGUGGAAGCACACCCUGUUAGACAUCAGACAGUUUGUCACUUCUGGCCUGUUCUCCCAUGGCCCCCACAUACCAACCUGAUUUAACCCUACUUUAGAAACAUCAAAACCCAGAGGAAUUCCAUAACAAAACACUUUGUUAAAAGAGUAAAGCUUGAGUGCUUGGUUUUAGCAGGGUCCAGCAAAUACCUAUAAAACAAUAUUACACUUUCUAUAUAAACAUUCUGCGCCUUAAAAAAAAGUGAAAAGUCUGGAAACAAAGGAAUUCAGCCACUUCUCAACUGCCAUAACAUCUUUCAUCACUCACUAUCACUCCAGCCAACUUAAACUUUGCCAAAAUAUAUGCCAAUCUCAAAAUAAUAAAUUACUAGCAGUUUAUAACAUCUAAACUCUCUAUUUCCUACUCAGGGGUCGGUUUUCAAUAGACCAUUGCAGACUCAAAUAUUACAGCAAUUCUCACCAAAUAAAAAAAGCAGACUACGCAUGUCAGGUUUUUACAGCAUGAAAGCUAAAAACGUAAACAUGCAACUGUUUCAUAUAUUCAUGUCCUCCUCUGAGGCCAGGACUCCUCAAAAGCAGACAGAAUUCCAGGUCUGCUCAGAAAAUGAAUCUUUAUUGUAAUCCACUGCUGACGAUUUUCUAACGUGAAGAGUUCUGCCAUAUGGUUAAUGGCCAGUAUUGUGAGCAGCACCAAGGCAGAGCACAGACCCUGGUCUGGGUGUGCGGGGUUCCCUCUGGCUCUGCUUGCUCAGGCUGGCAGAGCUGUUCCCUUGCCAAGCAGGGAAGGGACAGCUCUUUGCCUCUCCUGCCUGUCAGCUGUCAUGUCUGUUUGAACACAGGUUCUCAGCAGAAAAACUGCCCUCCACUGUGUGUUUGUACAGCACCUAUUGCCAAUGCAGUAACUGGAAUAAAGGUAAAAGAAAGCAGAUAUGGCAGCAAUCUUUGAUACAGAUCACAAUAAUUGGGAAGGAAAAGCUAUUCUGAUAAAUGAAAAAAAUUGGUUCAUGCUAGUUGGGUUAGGUGCCAGAGGGAGUAAAGUGAAUCCUAUCGUCUGGCUUAUUUGACUUUGAUAUAUUUUUAGGGAAUUGACUUUUUGACACAGACAACAAAAUGUUAUUUCACCCAAGAGUUUCCUGGAUCCCACAGAAUUGCUUUUCAACUGGUGAUUUUCACUGACUACAAUAACUUUGUUUUAAAAACUCAACUUCUUUUGAGAACCUGGUCACCCACCAUCACUGAGUGUGGUGCCCAGGGCCAUUCAUACGAGCUCUCUCCUCUUCAGUUGGAGUCCUGUAUUCAUAUUUGCCUUUUUUUUUUUUUUGACUUAGCCUUCAGAAGAGUCAAUUUUAUUGUCUCAUAAACAUGGUAUCAGCAUAAGCAGAACUUGUAUAAUAAUUUUUCUCUGUCUAGAGCUGGCAGAACAGUACAAUCAGUACAACUUGUGGUCAUGCAAGCUCUCCAGCCUGGCUUAUUCACAGAAUAUGCUACUGAAUAUCUUCCACAGCAUGUAGCUGUAUUAUAGAACAAGGAAAAUAUCAUAACAUAAAGAUGUUUAAAAAAAGGAAUAAAAGUAUGCCCUAAUGUUAUUCAAUCCUGACAGGUGUUAUUUUCAAAAUAAAUCUCUAUCCCCUAUGGACAAAC